AUGUCAAAACCGUGUCGGCACCUCAAACCCUAUCUCAAACGGAACCAGGAUGGUAUAAAUACGAGAAUAUCAAUGUCUGGUUUUGCCAAGUUUCCCUUCCGCAGCCGAUUUCCCUCUCCAACAACUGGUGCUCGCCGGAAUCGUUUGCCGCCAUGGGGAGAACCAGCAAGGUGUUACCGUCAGAUCAAGAACAAGCCGUACCCGAAAUCCCGCUUCUGCCGUGGUGUCCCUGACCCCAAAAUCAGGAUCUACGAUGUCGGGAUGAAGAAGAAGGGAGUCGAUGAGUUCCCCUUCUGCGUCCACUUGGUGUCGUGGGAGAAGGAGAAUGUUUCCAGCGAGGCUCUCGAGGCUGCCCGUAUCGCAUGUAACAAGUACAUGACCAAGACGGCAGGCAAAGACGCCUUCCAUUUGAGGGUCCGUGUCCACCCGUUCCAUGUCCUGCGUAUUAACAAGAUGCUUUCGUGUGCUGGAGCUGAUAGGCUCCAGACUGGUAUGAGGGGUGCCUUCGGCAAGCCUCAAGGUGUCUGUGCUAGGGUGGCGAUCGGGCAAGUUUUGCUAUCGGUUCGCUGCAAGGACAACAACAGCAAUCAUGCUCAGGAGGCUCUUCGACGUGCCAAGUUCAAGUUCCCUGGUCGUCAAAAGAUCAUUGUCAGCAGAAAAUGGUAAUGUCUUAAGUUAUAAUGUUGUGGCAUUAUAUUGCAUUUUGAUUACACAUCUCGUUGCUUGCUGUUAUUCUGAGUUAGAAGAUACAUGUGUAGUCAUGGCUAUGCUAUCACUUUAGGAUGAUUUGUCUGUUAACUUGAGAUACUUCGCUCAAUAGUCUUUCCUUAUAAAUUAGCAUUAGGGGGUGGUUAGGAUUGAUUGUUAGCAUAUAUGGAUUAGUAUAAAAUGAUGUAUUUGAAUUAGAUGUGUUUGUUCAAAUAGAUAGUUCUGGGAUCCUUUUUGGUCCAGAUGAGUGAUUUGUAGAAGUUGGUUCUCUAAAGUCUAUAGGAAGAGAUUUCACACAUCUCUCCCUUUAUGAGGAUUUGAACUCUCCGGGAAGUUCAAAUCCAUCCAUUUGACACUUUCUUUUGUCCAUUCAAGCAAUGUUUUAGUACAAUCUCUGGCAACCCCUCAUGGAAACUACCUGUAAAUGUUUAUGUGGGUGGUUGAAUGACCAUUGCCUAGUUACUGAAUAAUACGUUCUCAUUUGUGGGUAAAUUUUGUGGCAAGCAGGGGGUUCACUAAGUUCAAUCGUGCUGACUAUGUGAGAUUGAAGCAAGAGCAGAGGAUUUUGCCUGAUGGUGUCAAUGCUAAGCUUCUUGGAUGCCAUGGACCAUUGGCGAAAAGGUUGCCUGGACAAGCGUUCUUGACGUCUGCUGUCAAUGCUUAGAACUGUGUUAUCCUCUUCUAUAGCAGUUAAUCUUCCCGUUGUUUUCUGCAUUUUGUGUUGGGUUGAAUUCGCUUUGCCCUUUGUUAUAUCAGGGUCUACAAAACCUUUGUUCAUUGUUUUUUUUUGUCACCAUGCAACUUUGUACUUCUAGUUCCGUUCUCACCCUACUAUGGAACAUAUUCACCUUGUUUUUGCUUCAAGAUUCAUCGUCAUUA